UUUCCUCUGCAAGUUUCAAACGAUCUCAUAGCUCACAGGAAUAAGCGAUAAAUAUCAAAGAAAGUCGAGUGAGUCAAAAACUCAAAAACGCAAUGCUUGCAGCUUCUCUGUCUACAUAAAUCCAUGAAUCAAUCUUCUGGAGAACACAGUUAUCAGAACGAACGGCAUUGGUAGCUAGCAUGAUGGACUUGCUUCUUGAUUUUCAAUACUUAGCUGAAUGUCUGCGUUGGUAUUUCAUGGAGGCCUUUGAAUUUAUAGCUGACGAAUUUCUUGCACUUUGCUUGGUUUUUGCCUCUUUCCUUGAGGAGCUUAUUGGGUUCUUCUUUUGCCAAAUCUUGAUUUGUUAGGUUCUUGAUAGCGGUCCUCAAGAUUUCAGCUUAGAUGAUAAAGGGCUAUCAUAUCAAUUCAAGAUCCAUUAAGAGAGAAGCAGCAUAUUUGAUUAUUGGUCCUGGCAUCUGAGUGGAUUCCACUGUGAUCAUAUUCUGGCUAUGGAUUCAAUUCAAAAUAAAGUUUACUAUUGUUGUGUUUCUAAGGGUAACCGCAUUCUAUAUGCAUAUAGUGGCGGAGACCAUGAAAUUGAGAAUAUUGCAGCCCUGUGCUUGGAGAAGGCUCCUUCUUUCCACAGGUGGUAUUUUGAGACAAUAGGUAAAAGGACUUAUGGGUUUUUGAUGGAAGAUGGUUAUACUUACUUCACAAUUGUUGAUGAAAGUCUUGGUAACUCUGGAGUUCUUCGCUUUUUGGAGCAUGUUAGAGAUGAGUUCAGAAAUUUAGCCAAAAAGGGUUCAAGAGGAAGUUUGUCAAAUAUGAAUUCUAUUUACAUUCAGGAAAAAUUAGUUCCUAUCAUCCGCCGCCUAAUCACUUCAUUAGAGAGUGUGUCAGAUAAUAGUAGUAAUUGGAGGGAUGAAGCUUCGUCUUUUCAGGUGGGUCUGUCUCCAUCACCAAGUAAUUUAAAUGGACAGGUUGAAGGUGCAAGCUCAACAAAAGCCCCUUUGUUGGGAAAAUCUAACAAGCAAGAUAAGAAGAAAGCAAAAGAUCAUGUGAUUGCAAUGCGAGAUGUUGAGGUGGAGGAGCAUCGGAAAUCUACGGAUAGGGGAAUAAAGGCUGAUUCAGGAAAUAUGGACUCUAAUAGCCAAGGUGGUCCAGGUGCUUCAUUCUCUUUGCAAAAAGAUUUGGGUUCAAUGAGGAUGAGAUCAGGUCCUCAAAGCAUCCGCAAGAAAUGGUGGCGCCAAGUACGCAUUGUUUUAGCAAUUGAUGCAGCUGUCUGUUUAAUAUUGUUUGUCAUAUGGUUAAUAGUAUGUGGUGGCAUUUCCUGCAUCCGCUAAAUGUUCAGUCGGUCCAAUAUUAUUUUUGGAUUUCACUUGCUAUUCAAGCUGAAACUUGAAAUUCCCUACAUGCGGUGAUCUGUGAUAGAAAUAAGUUUCAUUGUGGAGCAUGUAGAAGGAGGUGACACAUUGAUCUUGUCGCUGAGGCACAGCACUUAUAGGCAUGUCCAUUCAGUCGCCCAUUUUAAGGCAUUAUGUCUAUUGUACAGUUUCUUUAUUUUAACACAUUUGUAUUUAUUAUAUGUGAAUGUUGGGAGAAAUCAUGUGGUUCUUGAUCCACUUUUCUCUAUAGUCCUGCUUUGGGUAAUGGUAUGAUCGUAAGGAGA